GCUGGUACAAAAGAGGUAGAAGUCUAUAUAAUGCCUUUGAUAUCCAAGGAAGAGAAACAACGUCUCUUGAAAGACUUGAAGCCUUUGGAAAAUCAUCAAAGAAAUCGUGAUAAUCAACUUAUUAAUAAUAUCUUACCAUCUUACCAUAUGUUUGAGUCUACUAUUCUGAAAAGUAUGACCCCUUCUGAUGAAAACUACCGGGUCGAUCCUCCAGUUUAUGAAGUGACUCCAGUCUCUUCUAACGUAAAUACUCCUUCUCCAUUAUCGCCAAUGCAUUCAGCCAAUGAUGGUCCCCAAAUGCCACCGAACAACCUUGGUGGAAUACGGUCCGAUACGCCCUUAUCGGAUGGCUACCCUUUUCCAAACCUUCAGUCAAACCCUUCUUCUAUUAAUGUGCAAGGCUCUGAUCUACAACCACAGAAUUCAACUACUAAUUCAGUUCUUUCAACUUUUAAUGAAGAACUGGCAGAAAUUUGGGAAAAUACCGUUUUGGCCAAUGCCCAUAAACUACCCAAUCUCUCUGACUCUGAUAAUGAUUUUUCAAAAAAUCUAAAACUUGAUAUUAAAGUUACUGAAUCCGUUUGUCAAAAGGGAGAAGCACCAACUAUAAUUGAUCCUCAACAAUACGAGUAUAAACAGGGGGAUUACAUUCAUGGCUAUGUAACUAUUCAAAAUACUUCUUCUGAACCAAUACCCUUUGAUAUGGUUUAUGUGGUAUUUGAAGGUGCUCUUGUUGUUUUAGAUAAUAAUAUGGGGCUAAUUGAUAGUCAGCAUCCUUUAACUGUUUAUAAAUUUUUGAAUAUGCUUGAUCUUUUCGCCUCCUGGUCUUAUGCUAAUAUCGAUCGUUUGGUUACUGAUAAUGGAGAUCCUCAUGAUUGGUGUUUAGAUGAAAUCGAUCCUUAUGAUAAUACCGCUUUAUCAAUUGAUGUUAAACGGUUUUUCCAACCAAAUAUAACUUAUAAAAGAUUUUUUUCUUUUAGAAUUCCCGAAAAAUUAUUAGAUGACUCUUGUGAAGUUCAUAAUUUUACAAAACAUACCGAAAUCCCUCCAAGUAUUGGUGUUCUGAGAAAUUUAUCUUCAAUUCCUUUAAUGUAUUUAUCAAAUACUGCCGAUAAGAAUGAUCGUAAAUUGAAAGAUUUUUCCUUUAUUGAUACUUAUAUCAAUUAUAGUGUUGAUGCUAGAAUAAUUGGUAAAGCUUCAGAAUAUAAAUAUAAGCCGAAAAGGCCUUCAAAAUUUAGAGAUCAAUACGUUAUUGCCAAAGAACUUCAAUGUCCAAUAAGAGUUAUUCCAAAUGCUUAUCGUACAAUCGAUCAAAUUGGUUCUAAAAAUGAACAAGUUAGUUUGUUCUAUCGUGCUUUUGUCGAUAGUAUUAAAAAUAAAAUUUCUUAUGGUAUGGAAUCUUUAGCUAAUAUUGAUUCAAAUAGACAAGUUAUUUCACCUUGGGAUUCUUCAAAUAAUAGCAAUUCAACUCCAAAUACCACCAUGGAUGACUUAAACACUAGUUUUUCAUCAUUAACCCCUCAUUCAUCAUCAAAUACUAGAUUAAAACAAUUAUACGUGGUGGCUGACCAUACUAAUAAAGAAAAUUUUAAAAAACAAUUUAAAAAAUUGCAUCUUCAACGCUCUGAAAAUAAAACUAACAACUCUAGUGGGCUAAAUGAUAAUGAUUACGAUGAUAACGUGUAUCAAUACUUAACUCCUUACAAAAAAAAAUCAUUAACUGGUUCAACUAAAGUUAUGGGAGUGCUUUCUUUAACUACCCCAAAACAAGAAUAUACUACCCUCUAUGUACCGCCCAUAAAAUUUAGAAAUGCUAAUCAAAAAUAUGAUACCAAUUUAUCAAUACCUUUAGAAGUUGCAUUUUUCUAUGAACAUGGUAAUGUUAAAGGUAAAAAUAGCCCUCCAGAAAUUAAAAAUAUUGAUUGCGAAUUAGUGGUACUUACCUUAAGGUCUAAAAAACACGCUAUUCCAGUUGAAUUUAACCAUGAAAUGUGUUUCAAGGAUAAAGUUAUAAUAAGUAGUGAUAACGAUGGUCACUCAACUAACAUCCUCCUGAAUUUUGCAUCCAAUCAUAAUAAAAAAGAUCCUGAUACAAAUAACUUUGAUCAGAUUGUCAUUAAACCAAUGCAAGAUUAUUAUAAACAGAUUUCUGACUUGAUCAAAAAAUUUGGCGAAGACCCAACUUUCAGAGUCGAAAGUCAAUUAUUCAAAGAUUUGAAAGCUUUAGCCUUUUUACAAUCAAAAUAUAUCAAUCUACCAAUUUCCGAUGUCAAAUUUUAUUCCCAAACUCAAUCAAAUCGUGGUGUUUAUUCAAAUUUUUCAAAUAUUCCUUGGAAUCAUAGUAAAUCAGAAACUAACGUAAACUAUUCAAUUUAUCAAAAGAAAUUCGAUAUUGCAAUCGACUUAUCAAAAUGCCAUCCGAAGGGGACAGAACCCCUUAAAAAUGGCAAAUCUUGCUUCGAUAACUUUACGCUUGUUCCUAGCUUCCAAAAUUGUCUCAUGGCUAGAUUCUACUACGUCAAAGUUAAUGUCAAAAUGAUUAAUGGUGCCGUUCUCACCUUGAAUGUCCCUUUGAAUAUCGAAAACUAAUUCUACUCAUACCCCACGGCCUCUAAUUAUACCUUCAAUUCUUGUCUUGUAUUCUGUUUUGUAUAUAUUUAUAAUUUUUUAGCAGCCAUUAUUGUAGAACAGAUAAAAUAUACCUCCG